AUGUCUGGUGAAGUGAAAGCUACCGAGGCGCCUCAGAAUGCCAACGCCGAUGCUGAGAAGGACGUCAAAGACCUGCUCGCGGAAUUGAAGGGAGGCGAAGAGAACAAGACCGAAAAUGGCGCCGCAGCUGCGACUUCCGCUCAAGAGGAUGAUGCUGCGAAAGAAGCUCGUAUCGUCGCAGAAGCAGCCAAGCUUGGUGAAGAAUCGGCCGUGAAAGAGUCGAAGCCUGAACAGAAGACGGAGCGUAGCGAGCGCCCCUUCAAGUCACGUAACUAUCGCGACAACAUUAAAUCCGAUUUCACUUCUCAGAAGACAACUGAUGAUCCAAGCGAGAUCAGAAAGCAGGUUGAAUUUUAUUUCUCCGACUCUAAUCUCCCUAUGGACAACUUCCUUCUGAAGAAGGUCGGUGGAAGUGCCAACCACGCCGUAGAUCUCUCGUUGCUGCACAGUUUCAAGCGCAUGCGUCGUUUCCAACCCUUCAGUGCCAUCGUUGAGGCAUUGAAGUCCUCCGAAACCCUAGAACUUGUCGAGAACGAUACUCAAAUCCGGCGCAAGGUGCCUCUUCCCGAGUCGGUGAAUGACUUCCUCGAUCCCAAUGUUGUCAAGGUGUUCGAGAACGAGGCCAUGGCUCGCAGCGUCUAUGUCAAAGGAUUUGGCGAAGAGGGCCCUACCACUCAAUUUGACAUCGAGGCUUUCUUUGCCCCACAUGGCCCUACAAAUGCCAUUCGUCUGCGUCGUGCCUACGACAAGAAAUUCAAGGGAAGUGUUUUCGUGGAGUUUGACUCCGAGGAGACUCAGAAAAAAUUCCUUGCUUUGGAUCCUAAGCCAAAGUGGAAGGGCCAAGACCUGAUCAUCAAGAGCAAGAAAGAUUAUUGCGAUGAGAAAGUCCGGGAUAUCGAGUCUGGGAAAAUCAAGGCUAGCGGCCGUGGCAACAACAGUGGCCGUGGCCGUGGUGGUCGUGGUCGUGGCCGAAGUGAUCGUGGCCGCAGUGAUCGUGGCCGAAAUGACCGAGAUGAUCGUCGCGAUUGGAGGGAACGUCGCAAGGAGGAUCAAAAGAAGGGUUUCCGUGAAGAUAAACCUACCAUUGACAAGGACGCUCGGGGCGUUCCUGUUAUAAAGAGCACCGUAGACGCAACCCCAUCUGCCUCUGGCCAGAAGCGAGCUCGUGAAGAAGACAGCAACGGAGCACAUGCUGCUAAGAAAGUUGAUGUCAAGGAAGGUUGA